CAAAAUCUGAACAACAAAGUUUAGAAAAUUAUUUUAAUUCAGCAAAUUUAGAAGAAUCGCGUAUAAGACAAAUUAAUAAGGCUUUAGUUAUGAUGUUUAUUAUGUGUGCAUUACCUUUCCGUCUU